GCACCUCCCUUCCCGCUCCCCCUGGAUCCAGGUCGGCGGGGGCCGGCGCCCGGCGACCACGUGGUGGUGCUGCCGCUGCCCCCGCCCCGCCGGCCCAGCCCGGGAGCCGCGGCGCCCACUGACCCCCGCAGCGGGAAGGAGGAGGGACGGAGGCGCAGGAAGCCGAGCAGGAAGCGAGCCCGGCGGCCGCGUUUUCCUGGGGAAGCCGCGGGCGGGGUGGCGCAGCCAGCAGGGCCGGGGGAGCCGCCGCCUCGAUGGGGUGUUGAAAAGUCUCCUAGGACUUUGGAAGGCUGAAUGGACUAAACAUGAAGAGCUUGAAAGCGAAGUUCAGGAAGAGUGAUACCAACGAGUGGAACAAGAAUGACGACCGCCUGCUGCAGGCUGUGGAGAACGGCGACUCGGAAAAGGUGGCCUCUCUGCUGGGCAAGAAGGGGGCCAGCGCCACCAAGCAUGACAGCGAGGGCAAGACCGCUUUUCAUCUUGCAGCUGCGAAGGGACACGUGGAAUGCCUCAGGGUCAUGGUUGCCCACGGCGUGGAUGUGACUGCCCAAGACACCACUGGACACAGUGCUUUACACCUGGCAGCCAAGAACGGACACCAUGAGUGCGUCAAGAAGCUCCUUCAGUCUAAAUGUCCAGCCGAAGGUAUUGACAGCUCUGGGAAAACAGCUUUACAUUAUGCAGCGGCACAAGGCUGCCUACCAGCUGUGCAGGUCCUCAGUGAACACAAGAGUCCUGUAAGCCUCAAGGAUUUGGAUGGGAAUAUACCACUGCUUCUUGCAGUACAAAAUGGUCACAGUGAGGUCUGUCGCUUUCUCCUGGAUCAUGGAGCAGAUGUUAAUUCCAGGGACAAAAAUGGAAGAACUGCUCUCAUGCUGGCUUGUGAAAUUGGCAGCUCUACCAUCGUGGAAGCCUUAAUUAAAAAGGGUGCAGACCUAAACCUUGUAGAUUCUCUUGGACACAAUGCCUUACAUUAUUCCAAACUCUCAGAAAAUGCAGGAAUUCAAAGCCUUCUAUUAUCGAAAAUCUCUCAGGAUGCUGACUUAAAGACUCCAACAAAACCAAAGCAGCAUGAUCAAGUCUCUAAACUAAGCUCAGAAAGAAGUGGAACUCCAAAAAAACGCAAAGCUCCACCACCUCCUAUCAGUCCUACUCAGUUGAGUGAUGUGUCUUCCCCAAGAUCAAUAACUUCAACACCACUUUCAGGAAAGGAAUCAGUAUUUUUUACAGAAGCACCCUUCAAGGCUGAGAUUAGUUCUAUACGAGAAAACAAAGACAGACUAAGUGACAGCACCACAGGUGCUGAUAGCUUACUGGAUAUAAGUUCUGAAGCUGACCAACAAGAUCUUCUUGUGCUAUUGCAAGCAAAAGUUGCCUCCCUUACCUUACACAAUAAGGAGUUACAAGAUAAAUUACAGGCCAAAUCACCAAAGGAGGCAGAAGCAGACCUAAGCUUUGACUCUUUCCAUUCCACCCAGACUGAUGUGGCCCCAUCCCUGGGCAAACCUAGUGAAGCCUCUCCCCCAGACUCCAAAUCAUCCCCACCUGUCUCAACUCAUUCUUUGGGGAAACCCACUAUCGACAGUGAUGUCAGAAUUCAGCAACUCCAAGAGAUUUCACAAGACUUGCAGAAGAGAUUGGAGAGGUCUGAAGCAGAGAGGAGGCAGCUACAGGCUGAACUCCAGUCCCGAAGGACAGAACCCGUGUGCUUGAACAACACAGAGAUUUCAGAGAAUGGCUCAGACCUCAGUCAGAAACUUAAAGAAACUCAGAGCAAGUAUGAGGAGGCGAUGAAAGAAGUCCUCAGUGUGCAGAAGCAGAUGAAACUAGGUCUCCUAUCUCACGAGAGUGUGGAUAGCUAUUCACAUCUCCAUGAGCUGAAGGUCACCGACAGGGAAAUAGAUAUGCUAAAGCAGGAUCUGCAGAAUGCGUUAGAAGAAAGUGAAAGAAAUAAAGAGAAAGUGAGAGAGUUAGAGGAAAAACUUGUGGAAAGGGAGAAGGGUGUAGUGAUUAAGGCACCUGUGGAAGAGUAUGAGGAAAUGAAAAGUUCAUACUGCUCUGUUAUUGAGAAUAUGAACAAGGAAAAAGCAUUUUUGUUUGAAAAAUACCAGGAGGCCCAAGAAGAAAUCAUGAAAUUAAAAGACACACUAAAAAGUCAGAUGACACAGGAAGCCAGUGAUGAAGCUGGGGACAUGAAAGAGGCCAUGAACAGGAUGAUAGAUGAACUCAAUAAACAGGUGAGUGAGCUAUCACAGCUGUACAAAGAAGCCCAGGCUGAGCUGGAGGAUUAUAGGAAGAGGAAGUCUCUAGAAGAUGUAGCAGCUGAAUACAUCCCCAAAGCAGAGCAUGAGAAACUGAUGCAAGUGACAAAUGUGUCCAAGGCCAAAGCAGAAGAGGCACUGUCUGAAAUGAAGUCCCAGUAUUCAAAAGUGAUAAAUGAAUUGACCCAGCUCAAGCAACUGGUGGAUGCACAGAAAGAGAAUUCUGUGUCCAUCACAGAACAUUUGCAAGUGAUAACCACACUACGAACAACUGUGAAAGAGAUGGAGGAGAAAAUAAGCAGUCUUAAAGAACACCUAGCAAGCAAGGAAGUGGAAGUGACAAAGUUGGAGAAGCAGCUCCUAGAAGAGAAAGCUGCUAUGACUGAUGCAAUGGUACCCAGGUCUUCCUAUGAAAAGCUCCAGUCAUCCUUGGAGAGUGAAGUGAGUGUAUUGGCAUCAAAAUUAAAGGAUUCAGUAAAGGAGAAAGAGAAGGUCCAUUCAGAGGUUGCCCAGGUUCGAAGUGAGGUCUCACAAAUGAAAAGGGAAAAGGAAAACAUUCAGACCCUUUUGAAAUCCAAAGAGCAAGAAGUAAAUGAACUUCUGCAAAAAUUCCAGCAAGCUCAGGAGGAACUUGCUGAAAUGAAAAGGUAUUCUGAGAGUUCUUCAAGACUGGAGGAGGAUAAAGAUAAAAAGAUAAAUGAGAUGUCGAAGGAAGUUACCAAAUUGAAGGAGGCCCUGAACAGCCUCUCCCAGCUCUCCUACUCAACAAGCUCCUCCAAAAGACAGAGCCAGCAGCUGGAAGCACUGCAGCAGCAGGUCAAACAGCUCCAGAACCAGCUGGCCGAUUGCAAGAAGCAACACCAGGAGGUCAUAUCAGUUUAUAGAAUGCAUCUUCUGUACGCUGUGCAGGGCCAGAUGGAUGAAGAUGUCCAGAAAGUACUGAAGCAAAUCCUUACCAUGUGUAAAAACCAGUCCCAAAAGAAGUAAAGUGGAUUCCUUGGCAGUACACUGCCCCUUGUCGUCCAUCUCUGUAUUAGACCCAGUUGUUGGCAACCACUGCCAUUGUUCUCAUUUGUGGUGUGCACUGUGACCUAGUGUAGCUUCUUCCCGUUCCAAAGGAUUCUGAGGACUAGUCCCCAGGAAAAGACUGCCCUCCUCAGAACUGCUUAGAGACUUCAGACCACAGAGGUGAAAGUCCGUCUCCCUUCAGAUUCCAGAGCUGGGAUCAGCUGCACCCAGAGGUCUGGUCCUGAUGUUGGCGGGUAGACACCCUGUCCAGCUAAGUAGCUUCAUCACUACUGAGUGAUCUAUUGAGACCUCCAUGCAGCAUAGUUGCUUCAAUUCCUGCCCUUGGGCUGUGCCAAUCAGCACAGGAGAGCUUUUUAACCUUUGGUUUCCAAUUUCAAAACAGGAUUUAAUUUCUAACCAAAUUAGUAUGGCACUAGUUAACGAAGUGCAUGCUUAAACCCUUUAUCAUAAUAUCCUGUGGAUUUAAAACCUCUGAUUCCACCUUUCUCCCCCUAAGCUGCCUUAUGUAUUUCCUUACCUGCUUAUCAACUCAGUUUGAUGAGCACUAUUAACUAAAAUAUGAAGUUUAAAAGCAAAAGCAAAUAGUCCUUAAAAGUUUUUAUAAGCAAAUCAUUGACAUAUUGCAAAUUUUCUAUGCAAACUUGCCUCCUGCUGUUACCUGUGAAGCUCAGGAAAUCCAAACAUUUGUGUUUCAACAAGGGACAGUAAACUGUGUGUUUACAGCCAAAAGAAAUGCCUCAUAGUACUUAACCUCAAUUUUUUUAAAAAGUGUUUUUUUCUCUAUAAUAUUUUUAUUGGCUCUUAAAGAUGUUUUCAUAUCUAAGCCCCUAAAUAAGUGAAAUUACAUUAGAUUAUAUUAACAAACUAUUUUUUAGGUAACCAUGCUUAAGACUUUUAAAAAAUAACUUUUUCCUCAAAGUUUUCAGCUAUAGCAAAGGUAGUUAUAUAUUCCCAACUUCAUAUGAGCUGCCACCAAUACCCCUAGGACUUCUGCCACAUUUCCUCAGAGCUGCGGUGCAUUUCUGAAAAUAGUAAAUCCUCUUUUUACCCGUUGAAUAUUUUUGAAUGUCCCAACUCUACAAGCACCCAUAAAUUGUCUCUGGAAGGACUGUUAGUACCAAUCAGUUUUUCAGCUUUGAAACUAAAAAUCCUGAUAUGGUUACAUGGUGCAUAGCAAAAGUCUUGGGGGAAAGUAGCUCUGUUCACUUCGCUUUCAGGAUAAAAAUGUUUCUUACUUGCUUGCAGCUUCUCUUCUGGCAUUGAUCUUGAGGGAGAUAAACAGAAUACAGAACUUUUAGUAUAUAACUAAAAGUGGAGGCCUGCUUUGACAGGGCCCACUUAUCACGGGGCUGCCUGGGCUCAGGGGGUUUGGCUGAACUGGAUGAUAUGUUAAUCUGUAUUGGAUGAAGACCAACGACAGCAAAAUGAAAUGGCUUUAAAGCUUGGUGUUGUUACUUAAGUUGUUUAAUUAUAGUUAAGCAAUUUCAAAAAUGCUCCAAAGAAAUGUGAAAGGACUUUUUGUCACAGCACUUAAGAAAAUAAAAAACAACCCCCCCAUCAUGUCCCCGCACAGAAAUGCUGCAGAGUAUAAAACUUGAGACAUUUUGUAGGAUGCCUGACAAAGUGUAGCCUUUUAUCUUGUUUCAGGAUGCAUAUUUAUUACAAGUACUCUGGUUAAAUAUUGAAAAGUUAUAUGCUGUAGUUUAGCAUUUUGUCUUUAUAAUUUACAGAAAUUAUUGCAGAAAAUAAACUUGUUUCAUUUUGCA